UGAGUCGGCUAUUCGUUACACCGCCGCCGCUGUCAGGACGCUGCCAAGCUUUGGGGUGGAUUGUGUGCCCCCGAAUGUUGGCGCAGGGUGGAAGAGGAGCGCCGGGGCCUCGGGACACUCUAGAGAGCGAUACUUGCGUCCAUUGACGGGAGCAGACACGUUAGUGGUUCUCAGGCUGGCAGGACCUGACCUGCAGGAAAGUCAUACAGAGGAUGCAUUUUCCCAGAGGAGAAACUGACCAGGUCAGGAUGUUGGGAGAAGAGCACCUUGCUGCUUGCCUGUGGACCUUGCCUCAGAAUCUGGCUGGCUUCACUGUCUCCUUCAACUUUUGGUAUCUGGUGGAUCUGGAAAUCGUGCACAAGAGUGGCGUCUCAUGACUUCUUUCUCCAUCCACAUAUUCCCUGCUUAGUGCUUGGACAGUCUGUGAGUGAAAACCCAGAGGAAGACAGCAGAAAAGUUGAGUUAUUGGCAAUGCAUCCACUGGAAUCAGUGACCUUUGAAGAUGUAACUGUAAACUUUACCCAUGAAGAGUGGGCCCUACUGGACACAUCUGAGAGAAUGUUAUACAAAGAUGUGAUGGUGGAAACUAUCAAUCAUCUAAUAUGUCUUGGGUAUCAGUUCUGUAAAUCAGAUGUGAUAUUCCAUUUGGAACAAGGUCAAAUGAUGUGGAUGAUGGAAAAAAGAGGAUUUCCCCAAGUCCAGAGUUCAGUUAUUAUAGAUAAGGAAAGUGCACAUAAAAAACAAGAAAUGAUAUCCAUACAACAGAUCCGCAUAGAGAACACAUCCACCAUCAGGUCAAUGCAGAAAUGUCAUACUCAGGAAGACCCAUUUAAAUGGAAAGAUUUGGAAGAAGAUUUCACUCACAGCUCUGCAUUAACUCAAAAUUUGUUAACUUGCACAGCAAAGAAACCCUUUGUCAACAAACUGUGUGGAAAAUCCUUUAGUGACUACUUGUUCCUUAGUCAACACAAGAAGAAUCAGACAAGAGGUAAAACAUAUGAAUGCCAUCUAUGUGGGAGAGUGUUUGGUAAUUGUUCUAACCUUAGACAACAUAAGAUGACUCACACUGGAGAGAGGUCAUAUGAGUAUCAUCUUUGUGGAAAUGCUUUUAUUUGUAUGCCUGAUCUUAGAAAACAUGAUGUUAGAAAACAUCAAACUCACAGUGGAGAGAAAGUGUAUGAAUGUCAUCUGUGUGGGAAAACCUUUAGUCAAUCUUCUAAACUUAUAGUGCAUGAGAGAAAACACACUGGAGAAAAACCAUAUGAAUGUCAGCUGUGUGGCAAAGCUUUCAGUCAAUCUUCUCAUGUUAGAGAACAUGAGAGAACACACACUGGAGAAAAACCAUAUGAGUGCCAUCUAUGUGGAAAAGCCUUCUGUCAGUCGUCUUCUCUUACACUUCAUGAGAGAAUGCACACUGGAGAGAAGCCAUAUGAAUGUCAUCUGUGUGGAAAAGCUUUUACCAAUUCCUCUGCCCUUAGACGACAUGAGAGAACACACAAUGGAGAAAAACCAUAUGAAUGCCAUCUCUGUGGGAAAGCCUUUAGUCAUUCUUUUUCCCUCAGACAACAUGCAAGAACACACACUGGAGAAAAACCAUAUGAAUGCCACUUGUGUGGGAAAGCCUUCAGUCAAUCUUCUGCCCUUACACUGCAUGAGAGAACACACACUGGAGAGAAACCUUAUGAAUGUCAUCUAUGUGGGAAAGCUUUUACCAAUUCCUCUGCCCUUAGACGACAUGAGAGAAUGCACAGUGGAGAGAAACCAUACAAAUGUCAUUUCUGUGGGAAAGCCUUCAUUCAGUCUUCUCACCUCAAACUACAUGAGAGAACACACACAAGAGAAGCGAUUGCACACGCCUUCUGGCCAAAUACUGAAAUUAAUAACAAAACGAUUAAAACCAGUUAUUUAGAUGUCAGCCCACAGCCCCCAGGGCAGCGGAAGCCCCAGUGGUUGCCAUUUCCCUUUCCCGAUAAACACGGAAGCUCUGGCAGCCCAGGUGAGGAAGUAGCACCGGCGUUCCCAGUGCAACCCAGCCUAGAGAAUGCCGGCGCCACUCUGAGCUCCACUCUGGUCUCCAAAGGAACCCCUCCAGGGACACGCGGUCCCAGCCCACCCUCCCCACCAGCGGAAGACUGUCCCAGCCCAGAGCCAGGUCCCCACCAGAAACAGCCCGAGCCCGCCCCCAACGACUCAAGAAGCAAGGGGGCGGGGAGCCCAAAUGCAUUCUGCUCGCAAAGCUCAGAAAUGGAACCUUCCCCCUCAUUACCUUCGGGGACGCGCCCUAGGCGGAAUCACCCCCUCGACCUUCUCCGAACUACUGACCCCACCCCAUCCGAGGAGAGGCAGCGACCCCAACACUGUGGACGUAGGGCACUCAGGCACUCCUGGGGCCUUCCAACCGCCCCCAGAGACCUGGGAGGCGCGGCGAAACCGCACCCCCACCUUCCCAAGGCGUGCAGGUGUCUCGCCCCUUCUCGUUUCACCGAAACAAUGCCCCAGCAGCUCCACCGACCCGUUCCCGGGCACCGGCGGGCCCGCCCGGCGGAAGAGCAGCCAGAGGCUUGUUCCCCUGACGCGGCAACCAACGAGCAAGGGGAAGGCGCAGGAACUGAACCGCCGGCGCCCGGGACGCGAGCCGGUUUCUCCCUGGUAGUGUGGAAAGGGUUUGUUAAGGUAUAUCUGCUUUAUAAGAAAGAUCUGACUUUAGGAUUUGACGAGAUGGGUAAUUUUCCCAGUGUCACACGAUUCGUAGCUGUCAGCCAUGCUGACUUUUUGUGCUUGGACAGUCUGAGUAAAAACCCGGAGAAAAACUGCAGAAAAGUUGAGUUAUUGGCAAUGUGUCCACUGGAAUCAGUAACCUUUGAAGAUGUAACUGUAAACUUCACCCAGGAAGAAUGGGCCCUACUGGACACAUCUGGGAGACUGUUAUACAAAGAUGUUAUGGUAGAAACUAUCAGUCAUCUAAUAUGUCUUGGAUAUCAAUUCUGCAAAUCAAAUCUGAUUUUCCAUUUGGAACAAGGUGAAUUGAUGUGGAUGAUGGAAGAAAGAAGAUUUCCCCAAGUCCAGUGGUCAGUUUUUGUAGGCAAGGAGCUUACACCGAAAAAAGAAGAAAUGGUAUCCAUGCAACAGAUCAGCAGAGAGAACACAUCUAUGAUUAGGUCAAUUCAGAAAUCUCAUACUCAAGAAGACCCAUUUAAAUGGAAUGAUUUGGGAAAAGAUUUCACUCAUAGCUCUGCCUUGACUCAAAAUUUGUUAACUUGCACAACAAAGAAACACUUUGUCAACAAACUGUGUGGAAAAUCCCUUAGUGACUGCUUGUGCUUUAAUCAGCACAAGAAAAAUCAGACAGGAGGUAAAUCAUGUGAAUGCCAUCUGCAUAGGAAAGUGUUCGAUAAUUGCUCCAACCUUAGGAAGCACAAGAUGACUGAUACUGGAGAGACUCCAUAUGAAUAUCAUCUUUGUGGAAAUGCUUUUAUUGGUAUGCCUGAUCUUAGAAAACAUAUUGUUAAAAAUCAUCAAAAUUACACUGAGGAGAAACCAUAUGAAUGUCAUCUGUGUGGGAAAACCUUCAGUCAGUCUUCUAAACUUAGAGUGCAUAAGAGAACACACACUGGAGAAAAACCAUAUGGAUGCCAUCUGUGUGGAAAAGCCUUCAGUCAAUCUUCCAACCUUAAACUUCAUGAGAGAAUGCACACUGGAGAAAAGCCUUAUGAAUGUCAUCUGUGUGGAAAAGCCUUCAGUCAGUCUUCUAACCUUAAACUUCAUGAGAAAACACAUACUGGAGAAAAGCCAUAUGGAUGUCAUCUCUGUGGAAAAGCUUUCACCACUUCUUCUACCCUUAAACAACAUGAGAGAAAACACAGUGGAGAGAAACCAUAUAAAUGCCAUUUCUGUGGGAAAGCCUUUAGUUAUUCUUUUAGCCUCAGACAACAUGCAAGAACACACACUGGAGAAAAACCAUAUGAAUGCCACCUGUGUGGGAAAGCCUUCAGUCGACCUUUUGCCCUUGUACUGCAUGAGAGAACACACACUGGAGAGAAACCAUAUGAAUGUUACCUAUGUGGAAAAGCUUUUCCCCAUUCUUCUUCCCUUAGACAACAUGAGAGAAUACACAGUGGAGAUAAACCAUACAGAUGUGAUAUCUGUGGGAAAGCCUUCAUUCAGUCUUCUCACCUUAAACAACAUGAGAGAACACAUAGAAGAGAAUGAUAAGUAACUUCAACAUAUAU